GUGCUAAUGCAAGAUAAAAGUUGCCUAGAGGGAACUGAUAAACAGCAAACCAUUGAAGAUACCAGCAAUAGAGAAAAGAAACUGGCUGUCUUAGAAAGAGAGCACACAGACCUACUGGAGAAGCUGAAACUCAGCUUUGUAGAGGUGGCAAAUUUGCAAAAUGAACUGAAAACUUCAGAUAAGAAAUACAUUAGUGCACAGAGGGAGCUGGAAAUCCUAUGCCAAGCUCUAGAAGCAACACAAACUGACAACAGUCGCCUCCAUCGAGAAAGUGAAUUUGUGGCUGCAAAUGUUAAUCAGUGGAUCAAAGAACAAAAGCUUGCCAAUGAAAACUUAGGUGAGAAAAUCCGUGAACAAAAUCAGCUCUUGGCUCACCUCACUGAGGAAAGAGACAAUUUCCAGAAAAAAGAAGAGGCAUUGUUAGCUUUGGUUACUAACUUUAAAGCUGACUUGGAGAAAAUGAAAACUGAAAAUGAACAACUAAAGGAAAAUGGUGCUGAACAGCAAGAACUGAAUAUAAAGCUUAGAAGACAGCUGGAGACGCAAGAGCUGGAGCAUACAAGCCUCUUUGAAAAGAAUCUAGCUGCUACUGAAGAUAUGCAUUCUAAAUUACAAACCAACAUAAAAUCAAUUCAUUUUUUAAACCAGAAGCUAAAUGAAUUAGGCCAAGAAAAUGGAUAUUUGCGGCAGCAGUUGGAAGAUGGGAAACUGAGAUGUCAACAGUAUGAACGCCAUUUAGAAACCUGCAAUCAGACUCUCUCUAAUCUUUUCACUCAUCUGAAAGUUAUACAAGAACAGAGAGAUUGCCUCCAAGAAAAGACUAAGAAUGUUGUAUCCUGUAGCCACAACAUUGUGCCACCAUUAACCACAGGAUCUCAUGCACAGCUUCAGAUUUUUUCCCAAAAGGGAACAGUAAAUGGGGAAUCAGAAGAGUUAGUGUUAAAAGAUUCAUUCGAGAAAUCAUGUCGGACACAUUGCACAGAACAUUCUACUCCAUUACAAGACAACACAGAGUACUGGAUGGAGAAAAUGAAUGGCUUAAUGUUACAGAUACAACAGUGUAUUGGAACACGUGUAAAGUGAAAGGUGAACCUUUCUAAUCAUAUAAAUUGUUUAGUGAAUUCACAUUUUAACUGACAUUCAUUUUGACAUUCUGAACCUUCAGCUAUAUGACAAAUGUUUGUUUCCCCACUAGAGUUUC